GCAGCAGGAGGGAGCACAGAGAUGUUUGGAGGCUUUUCCUUUUUUUUUUUUUUUAAUAUAAAAUUAUUUAUUUAAAUAAAAAUGGCCGCCGUGGAGAGCGGAGAGGAGAGACUAGAGGAGGGUCAAGAGGGCGAGGAGGAGGAGGAACCUGUCGACCCCCAGCCUCCCGCCAGAGAGAGAGCCAGGUCACACAGUAAGACCAAGAAGGCUCGCAGGGAACGUCGCCAUGCCGACCAGGGGGCGGAGAGCACCGCCUCCACAGCAGCCGGCCCGCAGGCGGAGGUGGAGGCACAGAGCCAGGGUUCGGAGCCAGUGGCCGGCCCGUCGGAGCCAGGGUCAGAGUCAGCGGCCGGCAGUGAGUCUGCGGGUUCUCCCAGGCAGCGGCGCUCCAUCAUUCGGGACCGCGGGCCACUGUACGAUGACCCGUCGCUGCCUGAAGGCUGGACCCGCAAACUCAAGCAGAGGAAAUCCGGACGCUCAGCGGGGAAGUUCGAUGUCUACCUGAUCAACUCUGAGGGAAAGGCGUUUCGUUCCAAGGUGGAGCUCAUCGCCUACUUCCAGAAGGUUGGGGACACGACCACUGACCCCAACGAUUUUGAUUUCACUGUUACCGGACGUGGAAGCCCCUCCCGACGUGAGAAGCGGCCCCCGAAGAAACCAAAAGUGGUUAAACCAUCGGGGCGAGGCCGCGGCAGGCCUAAAGGCAGCGGAAAGAUGCGCCAGGCAACGGAGGGCGUGGCCAUGAAGCGUGUGGUUGAGAAAACUCCGGGCAAACUGUUGGUCAAGAUGCCCUUCAGCAAGGCAGAGUCCACCACUGGUACCGCCUCCACUGCCUCAAAGGUGGUGUCUCCUGCCCAGGUGGCCACCAAGUCCCGUCCUGGCAGGAAGAGGAAAUCAGAACAAGAACUUCCGGCUCCACCACAGACCACCCCCAAGAAACGGGGCAGGAAACCAGCCUCCGCCACAGCAGCAUCGACUGUUGCCGUGGCAUCCUCCUCUGCAGCAUCGACCUCCGGUAGCUCAUCAGUGGGGAGCUACGCUGCAGCCGCCAUCUUGGCCGCCGAGGCCAAACGGAGAGCGGCCAAGGAGUCUUCCACCAAACCUGUCGUCCAGGAAACAGCCCUGCCAAUCAAAAAACGCAAAACCAGAGAGACAAUAGAGGAGAUGGAGAGCGUUCAGACUCCAGCAGCUACAACGACAACUGAGACUGUAAGGAGGUCUAGUGCAGGUGGGGGGGAGGGAAGUACGGGGGAAGGAGCACCACCAACCUCAGAGCUUCAGUCCGCCCCUUCCGAGCAGAGCCAGUCACAAUCACAGAAGCAGCCUACUGGUUCAGAGGAAAGUCAAUCACAUGGACACAAAGCGCAUAAAGGGAGGAAGCACAAGGAGAAAUCGGGGAUCGCAGCCGGAGACGGAGGAAGCAAAGGAGAGGACGUAGGUGAAGAUGGAGGUGAAAAGGAAGGAGGAGAAGGAGGAGGAGGAGGAGGAGGAGGAGCAGCAGCAGCAGGAGGAGGAGGAGGAGGAGGAGGAAGGAGUAGCAGCAGCAGCAGCAGUAGCAUUAGUCCGUCAAAAAGCCACAAACGGAAGGACCGGCCACCUCAUAAACACCACCACCAUCACCACCAUCAUCAUCAUCAUCAUCGACACCAACAGUCUUCUGCCUCCACAUUGGAUCAGCCACCUCCUCCUCCUCCUCCACCUCCUCCUCCUCCUCCUCCUCCACCUCCUCCUCCUGCUUCCUCCAGCCAGGCCAGACCUGAAGUAGAGCCGCAGACUACACCGUUACACCCCACCACCACCACCACCACCCAACAAUCCCAGCACACCCAGCAAGCUCCUCCCACUCCCAAAUCCCAAUCCAAGUCUGCGUCUCAGUCCCUGUCUGAGCCUCGGCAUCCUCCGCCUCAACCACGCCACCCGCCCCAACCCCGUCCCCAACCGCAGUCCCCCAGUCAGCCUCAAGCCCAGCCUCGAUACCCAGCGCCCCAGUCCUCUCCUACCAAGCAUACCCAACCACAGCUACGGCCCCAACAACCCCAGUCCCAAACCCACAGUCAGCACCAGGCCUACCCCCAAAAAGCUCAAUCACAGCCUGUCCAAACCCAUCAAACCCAGCAUGCUCCACCUCAGUCACACCGUUCUCAGUCCCCAUCCAUCUCGCACGUCCAUCCGCCCCAGACGAGGCAUCAACAUCCGCAAACCCAGUCCGCCACAGCACUCCAACCUCAGACCCAGCCCAGGCACCCGUCUCAACCGCAAACUCAGCUCAAACAACAGUCUCAACCGCAACCCCGGCAGUCGAUGCAGCCUCAAAUCCAACCCACAGCCAGGACCCCAGCCCAACCUCAGACUCCACCACAGUCCAGAACCCCAGCGCAAUCUCAGCCUCAACUCCAGUCCAGAACCCCUGUCCAAACUCAACCUCAACCACAGUCCAGGUCCCAAUCCCAAACUCAGCCUCCAACCCAGUCCAGGACCCCAACCCAACCUCAGCCUCACCUGCAAUCCAGGCAUCAAGCACAGCCUCAACCGCAGACAAGGCACCCUUCGCAACACCAACUUCAGACUCAAUACAGACCACAACCCAGACAGUCUCUCUCCCAACCUAGACCACCCCAGUCCCAAGCACAACCACACUUUCAGCGGAUUCAAACACAGCCGCGGCCCCAGCCCCACUCACAGCUCGCCAGGUCCCACCUGCAGCAUCUCUCGCCACACCGACCGUCUCUCAGCCUAAGUAGAUCCAAUCCGGUCCCGUCUCAGCAGAACCAGAGCGAACAGCCCCAAGACCUGAGCACCACGCGGCCCGGCCGAGGAAGCCUGCUGCCGAGCCGGGAAGUCAGCGCGGAGGGAAGAGGGGGGCUGGCGGUGGCAUCAUCGGAAAGCAGAGAGAUUUUAGGAGGAGAAAGAGGGUCGAACAGCACCUCAAGACCUCCCGGCUCAAUGGCUUCUGGUCCUCCAGGAGGAACCGGGGCCGGAGUUGGUCUUGUGCCGGGGGCGGAGGGCCGGGCCAGACUCCGGGCGGAGGCAGAGGCAGCAGGUGAGGGCAGGGAGCUCAGAGACAUCGUCCCCCAGUCCGCUGUUCCCUGCCCCAGCCGUGAAGAGACCGUAGAGUCACGGACUGCCGUCAGCGAGAGAGUCAGCUGAUUGGUCGGGCUUGAUGAGCAGGCUGACUGAUCGGUGGACUGACUGAGUCAGCACCAGGUGGAAGAGGAGUGUGACUGGGCUGUCCAUGGAGGAUUCAUGUUUUUACACUGUUUUCAGAUAGAAGGAUAGCGUCACACAGCUGGUAGGACGUUCUCAGAUUCUACUCCGUUUGAUUCUGUCUGGAGACUCUGUAAAGUUGUGGAUUUGAGAGCCGAAGCUGGCGCCGAGGGACAGCGGAAGAGAAGAACGGAUAGUGUCUUUUUAUAGGAAAAACAAAACGAAAAGGAAAAAUC